GUUUAUUAACCACCGAUCUCCCGUCGCUUCCUCGUCUCUCGCUUCCUAAUCGCUUCAUGAUAUAAAGCAGAGGAAUCUAGGGUUUUGAUUUAAAUCUUAUGGAGCGAACGAGCAACGGAGGAAUGUUGUACCACGAGGUUCAGGAAGCUAAUCUAUGCGCCGUUCACUGCGUCAAUACCGUCCUGCAGGGACCCUUCUUCUCCGAGUUUGAUUUGGCCGCCGUCGCUGCCGAUCUCGACGGGAAGGAGCGUCAGGUCAUGCUCGAAGGCGCCGCCACCGGAAACCUCGCCGCCGGCGAUUUCUUCUCGGAGGAGUCUCACAAUGUUUCCCUCGGCGGCGAUUUCAGUAUCCAGGUCUUGCAGAAGGCUUUGGAAGUGUGGGAUUUACAAGUGAUUCCACUCAACUGUCCCGAUGCAGAGCCUGCGCAGAUAGACCCCGAGCUUGAAAACGCCUUCAUCUGUCACUUACAUGACCAUUGGUUUUGCAUAAGGAAAGUGGGCGGCGAAUGGUAUAACUUCGACAGCCUCCUCGCGGCACCGCAACACCUAUCGAAGUUCUACCUUUCUGCGUUUCUCGACUCUCUGAAAGGCUCGGGAUGGAGUAUCUUCAUAGUGAAAGGAAACUUCCCGCAGGAGUGUCCCAUGUCGUCUUCUUCUGAAGCUUCCAACGCUUUUGGACAGUGGCUUUCGCCUGAAGACGCAGAGAGAAUACUAAAGGAGACAAGCUCGACACGGAGUUCUUCUACGGCUGUAAACUAUAGAAGUAGUGAUAAUGUCGAUCAGCAAAGACCGUAUCAGGCGUUGUCGCGUGAGGAAGUGCGGACUUUUUCAGAGAUGGAAGAUGAUGACUUGAAGGCAGCGAUUGCAGCGAGUUUGUUAGAUGCUUCUGCGGCUGGGGCUAAUCUUGGAGCUGUUAGGACUACUUCUCAAAGGGAGGAAACUGGGAAACAAAAGUAGCAGAGAAAACAGAGAACAAUGCUGUAUUGAUGAGAAGGUGAAGAAACAUUCACUUGUUUUUUUCGUUAUCAACAAGUUUACAUACAGGACAUAAAAGUUUACAUGGACAAAAACAAUAAACGGGUUGUAAAAUGAUGUUUUGUUUGAUUUCUUUUCGGCCAGUAAACCGUUUCUUUUUCCUUAA